AUGGAGGGCAGGUGCUGCAGGCGGUUCGUGGUUUGCUCCAAGACGACCAUCUAUACCUUUCUGCUUGGUGGAGUGUUUAUUGCGUUGGGCUCAAGUCGGAUCCUUCUGAUGAAGUACUCUGCCAAUGAAGAUAACAAAUAUGAUUACCUUCCUACAACAGUGAACAUAUGUUCUGAAGUAGUAAAACUGGUCCUGUGUGUGAUAUUGGUACUAUGGAUGAAGAAAAAAGAGGGUUGUUUGGAUCAUCCCUUUGAAUGUCUUUCCUGGAAGAAUUUUUUUAAUUCCAUGAAAUGGUCCAUUCCCGCCUUUCUUUACUUUUUGGAUAACUUGAUUGUCUUCUACGUACUCUCCUACCUCCAGCCAGCAAUGGCUGUACUCUUCUCAAAUUUCGUCAUUAUAACAACAGCACUUCUCUUCAGGAUAGUGCUAAAGCGAAAACUCUCUUGGGUACAGUGGGCAUCUUUGGUGAUUUUAUUCCUGUCCAUCGUUGCCCUGACUCUAGGAACUGGAAGCCAUCAGCAAAGCUUGGCUGCACAUGGAUUCCAUCACAGUAUGUUUUUUAGUCCAUCUAACCACUGCCUUCUCUACACCGGACCUGAAGAAGCAUGCCUGCAAAAGGGCAACUGCGUAGCACCCAGUUUCCUGCCCAGCUUCCAGUGGAAUGUCACCAGUACCAUGGCAGGAGCACUGAAACCUCUUCGCCUCAGCCUGGGCCAUCUGCUCAUUCUAGUGCAGUGUUUCAUUUCUGCCCUGGCUAACAUCUACAAUGAAAAGAUCUUGAAAGAUGGAGAUCGGCUUGGUGAAAGCAUCUUCACACAGAACAGCAAACUCUAUGCCUUUGGGGUGCUGUUCAAUGGGCUUAUGCUGGGGCUGCGGACUAAGGACCGGAGGCAGAUAGGGAAUUGUGGCUUCUUCUAUGGGCACAACAUCUUCUCAGUGGCUCUCAUAUUUGUCACAGCUUUCUUGGGGCUGUCUGUAGCCUUCAUCUUGAAGUUCCGAGACAAUAUGUUCCAUGUUAUGACUGCUCAGAUCACCACUGUUAUCAUCACUGCUGUCUCUUUUGUCAUCUUUGACUUCAGGCCUUCUCUAGAGUUCUUUUUGGAAGCUCCUGUAGUGCUUCUCUCAAUAUUCAUCUAUAAUGCCAGUAAACCAAGAGGCCUGGAAUAUGCUACUCUGCGGGAAAGGGGCAAACAUGUCAAAGGAGAUGCAUGGGAGAGGUCAAGUGGGGAUGGCGAAGAAUUUGAGAGACUGAACAAACCAAGCAGUGACAUCGAUACAGAUGAAGAUUCCCUCUAGCAUGAAGCUGGCUCAGAGAGUGCAAUUACUCAUAGUGAGAGAAUG